AACAAGUACACCAUCCCACUUGCAAAAUUAUUCUUACUCUUUUGUUAGCAAUUUGGUUGCACUUUCUAUUUAUAAUAACUUUACUGUAUAAAGGAAUUAUCCUAAAUGAGACUAAAACAUGGUUAAAACUCCAAAAUAGGACUUUAAGUUUUAAAUUGCUUAAAUAGGACUUCAGAUUACAUUUUUACCCCUAAUCCUAAAAUCACCUUUCCCCAAUCCCUCCGCCAUCGAUUCUACACCUGCGAUUCAGCUCUCCCCUUCCGACAUAGCUGCCAUGGACGCAGCUUGACCGAUUUCAAUUGCAACUCAACCGCCAUCAUCGCAGCCGUCUUCUCAACGCCGACCGCCACCUCUUCAACGAUUUCUUCGGCAAAAUCAGGUCGUUGCUUCUGGGCGGUGAGUGUCGUGGUUUCCUCCUCUGCUUUCUUUGCUGCCGCCGUCUCCCUCCGGCAUGUCGAGGAUACCAAUUGGCAUCAAGGCCAUUCGACUUGGUAUGGGAGUCCCGAAGGCGAUGGCAGUAAUGGAGGGGCAUGUGGGUAUGGGAUAAUGGUGGAUGUGCAGCCGUUGAAGGCGAGGGUGGGAGCGGUGAGUCCGCAGUUGUUCGAGGACGGAGAAGGUUGCGGCACUUGCUACAAGGUCAGGUGUCUGGACACUACCAUUUGUUCAAAUAAGUCAGUCACAAUCGUUGUCGCUGACCUAGCUCCUCCGCGUUACACCGACGCACCGCUUUUCGACCUAUGCGGCGCCGCUUUUGGCCGCAUGGCAGUCGCUGGCAGGGGCACUGACCUCCGUGACCGCGGUGAGAUGCCCAUCGUUUUCCGCCGGACUCGGUGCACGUACAGAAAGAAUAUUGCCUUUCAUGUAAACGAGGGGUCUACGGCUUACUAUAUUUCUCUCUUGGUCGCGUUCGAGAAUGGAGAUGGUGAUGUUGCAUCCAUGAGUAUCCAAGAGGAUGGGUCAGAUGAGUGGUUGGAGAUGAGCCACUCAUGGGGAGCGAGCUGGAUGAUCAACGCCGGACGGGCUUUGAGAGGACCAUUCUCAGUAAGGGUAACGACACUCUCCACCGGAGCAACCCUCACCGCAAGAGACGUUAUUCCCGACGACUGGACACCUAAAACCACUUACACUUCGGGCAUCAACUUCUAGCCUAGCUAGGGGCAACCGGCCGGCCAUUGUCUUUAAUAUGGUGGUCCGGCCAACACAAGCUAUCUAGCAUGCCAACUGCUUUUAUCUUUGUUCUCGAGCAAUAAAACAAUACGGACUAAAAAGG